UAAUCAUCUUUUAUUUUUGUUUCUGUUUUUUUAUCUUAAAUAUUGCUUGCAGUAAAAUUAAAAUAUAUAGUUCAAUUGAAAAUUCAUCAGAACGUCUCAUUAGUCAUGCGAAGGAGUUGGUUGAAAUGUGUUGUGCAAACAAUUCAAAUCCUCUGAUCAUGACGUCUGAUUUUAUUGAUGACUAUCACAAAGUUCAAAAUCCGUUUAAUUUUCAUCAAAAUUCAUCAGUAAUUAUAAUAAAUGAUGAUUUCAAGGCAGAUAAAAUUCAGGGGAUCAUUCCUUCUUAUCCAACAUACGUACUGUCAUUCAAAUCAAUUGAAAAAUUAAGCUCGCUAAUUAAAGAGUUCAGAUCGUCAGUAGUCUGGAGCAUUACGUCAAAAUUUUUAGUUCUCGAUACUGACAAAGAGUCUCAUUGUGCGAAUGCAGGUAAAGUACUUGGAUUUUUAUGGAAAUUUGAUUUGUUGGAAUCGUAUUACUUGUGUUAUGAUUAUGACAAAGAGUCAACAAUUAUUUAUACUUUAAAUCCAUUCACUAAUUACGCCCCGCCACCGUGGACGCAAAUUGAUGCCACUGAAAAAUUUGAUGACAAGGAUUCAACUAAGUGGACACUGUAUAAUCUACGAUAUUCCAAUGAAAAAAAUUUAUGCCAUACCAUAAAAUUUGAUAAGACCAAAAUACUGGAAGGUCACAAUGUAAAAAUAACAAUUUUCGCAAAUCUAAGAAAAAAAACUUCCGAAGAAAAAAAGAAUUAUUUAAGACGUCAUUUCGAAAAAUUACUUGCUACAAAAGAAGUGAGUUUGAAUAAUUUACUUACGUACAUAAACGCCACAUCGACCGUGAAUAUACUACCAACAAAAAGUGAAAAAUUACCCGAAAAUGGUGACAGUAAAUCAUUUGCCGGUCCUAAUUACGAUAUUUAUGACAAAAGGCUUCAACUAGCAGAGGUCAAUUUCACCGACAACGAUAUUAUGACCCUGUAUCGUGAGCUUAAAUUUUCAAUUUUGACCAAAAAGACAAAUUAUAUAACAGGAAUCAGUGAAAUCACCAGCAAUAUUCAAUUUAUUAUAAUGACUAUUGUCGUGUUGCUGUUAAUAUUCAUAAUAAUAAUGAUUAAUAAUAGAUAUGACGUCACUGGGAGUAUUUUGGAAGUGAUAAGAAUGUUAGCGAGCAUGGGUUUCAUGUCCCCAAUAGACUGCCUCUCUAUGAGGAUAAUUUUUUUCACCGGAUUUUUAUUUUCCUUCUUAGUAGUUCCCGAUUUUCAGGGACAGAUAUCAGCCCUUUUGUCCCAUCCUACCCGCCGCAAUGUAGAUAGUCUAAAAGACCUAUAUGAUAACAGGUAUCAUGUUUACUAUGAGGACAUUAUUCAUAAUGAUAUAAUUAAUGAAAGACUCUGGGUUACUGAUGAAGACAAAGAGUAUUUACAUCCUUCUAGUCUCAAAAUAUUGAAUAGAUACGUCAAUAAAAUAAACAAUAGUUCGAAUAUCGCUUGCAUUCAUUACACAAAUUUUCUAUUGGAUAAAGCAUUGAAGUCGGAUGGUUUGCAUUUGUCGAGAAAAAUAGUAUUCAAAAUAUAUUUUGUCUAUCGGACGAGAAAAAAUUGGGCCCUUAAGGAAAAACUUGAUAAAAUUGGAUUCAUUCCUUUGGAAGCGGGCUUCGUUCAUUAUAGGGAUGAAAAAAAAAUAAAAGAACGGGUUAAGAAACUUGUAAAAUUAGAUAGGAUUGAAAACAACGAUAAGUAUGAACAAGUUAACUUUAAUGAUUCGGUUUUUAUAUACAUAUUUUUUGGGGUGGUUUUGGUGAUGAGCUUCACUAUUUUUGGGAUUGAAAUGUUGUUUGCUAGAAUUUCUGGGCUUUAUAGACAGUUUCAAAUGCGCGGGAGAUGAAGGGUUCAAAUAUAAGGAAGAUUGGGGAAAAUUUGAGACCAAUUUUUGAUAAAAAAAGUUUUGUAGAUGUUUAUAGAGUUGCUAGAAAAAAUAUGGGGUGAAUUGGUCGGUAAUGCGCGUUUUUACCCGAGUUGAAAUUUAAAACGUAUCUCAAGCGUCUCAGGCGUUGAAAGCGCGUUUAAAACGUCUAAGGCGAUAAGAACGUGUUUAAAACUUUUCAAUAAUUUUUUAAUUCCGAUUAAAAUUAAAAAAGUAAUGUACUGGGUAUUAGGUAAAAAUUUUUUUUCAUUCUGAAUCAUUUAUUCACUUUAUUUUUUGAAUUUGAUGAUUUUCUAAUGCCUGAAACGUUUUAAUCACGCUUACAACGUCUGAGACGCUUGACAUACGCUUUAAACGCCUGAGACACUUGAAAUACGAUUUAAAUUUCGACUCGGGCAUCCCCCGAAAAAAUAUUUUUCGAUAUAAUUUUCACAAUUUUCCUGAAAAACAAGCACCCAAAUUAGUUGUGAAUAGGACAAAUAAACAUUACAAUUUUUUUGGGGACAUAAUAUCCCCAACAAAAUAUCUUUCGAUAUAAUUUUUACAAUUUUCCUGAAAAACUAGCACUCUAAAUAGGUAGUAAUUUUUUAUUUAUAAAUUCCCACAAUUUUUCUGAAAAACAGGCACCUAAAUUAGUUGUGAAUAGUACAAAUAAAAUAUUUAAAUAAAAAAGAUAAAUUUCGUCCGUAGGAUAUUUUGUCGGGGAUAUUAUGUUAGGAGAUAUUUUAUCGGAUAAUGAAAAUGCGCGGAAUCGAGUUGGUCAGCUCAAAUAUUAUGAGUGUUUCAAAAUUUUGACCAGAAAAAAGUUAUUUCUGUCAUUUUUUCAAAUAAAAAUUCAAAUAAAAGUUUUACUUUUUUGUGGGGUGUUACAUUUUGUCAGCCCGGGGAAAAAAAAAUAUUCUAUGCUCUGUAAAUUUGGUUUAAUUGUCACCGUUUUGCUUGUCCUUUCCACAUAUUUUGGCAAUAAUAUUACAAUAUUAUUUUGUUUCUUAUUAAUUGAUCAAAAAUGAUGAAAAUUGCACCUCUGAAAAAAU